AUGCCCUCGGGCCUCCCCGGGGAGGCCCGGGCAAGGCGGCUGCAAGGCCACGCUAAAAAGGAAGAGCUGCCAGCUUGGCCGGAGGAAGGGGAGGAGCUGAGUAAACAAGACGCCCGGCAGAAACAGCCUGAGCUACCAGGGCUGACUGCACCCGGAGCCCAGCACCCCGGGAGCCCAGCACCCCGGGAGCCCAGCACCCCGGAGCCCAGCACCCCAGAAGCCCGGGAGCCCAGCAUCCCGGGAGCCCAGCACCCCGGAGCCCAGCACCCCGGGAGCCCAGCACCCCGGGAGCCCGAGAGUCCAGCACCCCGGGAGCCCAGCACCCCAGAGCCCAGCACCCCGGGAGCCCAGCACCCCGGGAGCCCAGCACCCCGGCCUUCCCACCCCAGUGUCCUCUUUGGGACACAGGUGGCCAAUGGGACAGAGCCCUUGCGGACUGUGGCACACAUCCCGCAAGGCCUCAAGUUUCUUCUGCCGCCUAGGGCUUUCCAGAUGGACUCACACCCCAAGGGUCCCACACACAGUCACACUGAAGCACGGGGGUGA